GAGCGUGAACCAAUCAGGUGGCGAGGCUGCUUAUAACUUGUUCGGGCAUGUUUAAUGAAUCUACACGUGCUGCUCAGGAAGGUAUGACCUCAAGACCAGGUUCAUUACUCAACGAUGGCAGAAUCGGUAAAAGGUAAUAAAAAGGACUCCUCACGGGGCGUUCUUGGCAACUACAGAUAUCUGUACAAGAAAUCGAUGUUGAUCAGUUCAGUGGAGAAUGCAAGAGUCAGGAAGAAGCCUCAGCAGAAGAUGGUCGUGCCACACAGCAAAAUGAAGAGAGUCCCAGAUGAAUCCCUGGAUGAAACCGAAUUGAUAAAGAAAGCUAAACUGAGUGACCCUGCAAUGGAGGGUCAAAGCCCUUUGAACUCUGAAAACAAAAGUGUUGAAGAAAUGGGACACGAGCCCUCGACGUCUGAGCUCGAACACAGUUUAAUCAGCGCCUUCAGAGACUGCUGGGAGGUGGACAGUGGUUUCUCCUCUGAAGCCAGCCCUCCAGUCAGCGGUCGCAAUUCUCCGUACCUCAGCUCACGUCCGACCUCGGUGGUGGCGUUGGACUGCGAGAUGGUGGGGACGGGGCCCGGCGGGCGGUGCAGCGAGCUGGCACGCUGCAGCAUCAUCGACUACCACGGCAACAUCCUGUACGACAAAUGCAUCAAACCGUGUCAGCCCGUCACGAACUUCAGGACUCGGUGGAGCGGCAUCCAGAAGCGGCAUCUCCGAAACGCCACGCCCUUCACUCAGGCCAGAGAAGAGAUCCUCAGAAUACUUGAAAACAGAGUGGUCGUGGGUCACUCCAUCUACAACGACUUUGAGGCACUGAACGUGGUCCACCCCGUUCACCUGGUCAGGGACACGUGCACAACACGUCUCCUGAGCCGACUGGCCGGAUUCCCCAGAGAACGCUACCCUUCCCUUAAAAUCUUGGCCAGUAAGCUGCUGAACAGGCAGAUACAGGCUGGGAGGAAAGGUCACUGUUCGGUGGAGGACGCUCGGGCUGCCCUCGAUCUCUACAAGCUGGUGGAGGGAGAGUGGGAGCUGGAGCUGCAGGACAAGCUGAGGGACGACGACGCUCCGCUUGAGCCGAGCUUCACCUCGUCGAACCACUACAUGCAGGACGAGUACUGGCCGGACGAUAUCGUUGCAGACAACCAGUGAAGCGCACCCACGACACUUUUCCUUUGAAAUGUCAAAGCGCCCCACUGCGUGGUGACAGAAGAACGAGUUCAGAUGAUGCCGUGAACGAAAAGUCCUGGACUUUGUCCGAACAAAUAUAUUGGGAGACCAAUAAAAUGUAUCGACCUUGUUCCACACGUAGAUGUAACUUGUUUAUCUGAGGAGGAAAGUGCUUUAAUAACUUAAAUAAGACACUAUAUUAGUUUUGUUCUUAAACUCAGAGGUGUAA